AUGAAGGCGCUUUUACCAUUGAUCUUUCUGUUUUUUAUUAGUUCUCCAGGUUGGGCAAUAGAUAGGCACUACUACAUAGGCAUUGAAGAAAGCCUUUGGAACUAUGCUCCUUCUGGUAAAAACAUGCUCAAUGGAAAGCCUUUUUCUGAAGACUUAGAAUUUCUACAAAGAAGUCAAGCAAGGAAGAGCUUUGUUUAUAAAAAGGCGUUGUAUUUUCAAUAUACUGAUAAUACAUUUCAAAGGAUCAUUGAAAAACCAUCCUGGUUGGGAUUUUUAGGUCCAAUGAUUAAGGCAGAGACUGGAGACUACAUUUAUGUACAUGUAAAAAAUAAUGCUUCAAGAGCUUAUAGUUAUCAUCCUCAUGGACUCACCUACUCCAAAGAUAAUGAAGGUGCCAUCUAUCCUGAUAAUACAACAGGCCAGGAAAAGGAAGAUGGCUAUCUGGAGCCAGGGAAACAAUAUACCUACAAGUGGUAUGUAGAAGAACAUCAGGGGCCGGGCCCCAAUGACAGUAAUUGUGUGACAAGGAUUUACCACUCCCAUAUAGAUACUGCAAGAGACGUAGCUUCGGGACUUAUUGGACCAAUUCUGACUUGUAAAAGAGGGACACUGAAUGGAGACACUGAAAAAGAUAUUGACAGGUCUUAUUUUCUGCUGUUUUCUACAACUGAUGAAAGCAGAAGCUGGUAUAGUGAUGAAAAUAUUCGUGCAUUUACUGAAUCUGGCAAAAUUAAUACUAGUGAUCCCGGUUUUGAGGAGAGCAUGAGCAUGCAAUCAAUAAAUGGAUACAUCUAUGGCAAUCUGCCCAAUCUCACGAUGUGUGCUGAAGAUAGGGUCAAGUGGUAUUUUGUUGGCAUGGGUGGCGAGGCUGACAUACACUCCGUCUACCUCCAUGGACAAACUCUGAUCUCUCGGAAUCACAGAAAGGACACCAUUGUGGUCUUCCCCUCCUCACUAGAAGAUGCCUUCAUGGUGGCCAAGGGCACUGGAGUGUGGAUGCUGGGAUGCCAGAUACAUGAGAGUAUGCAGGCAUUUUUCAAAGUAAGUAAUUGCCAGAAACCUUCAACAGAAGCCUUCGUUACUGGGACACAUGUUAUACAUUACUAUAUUGCUGCUAAGGAAAUUCUUUGGAACUAUGCUCCAUCUGGUAUAGAUUUCUUCACUAAAAAAAAUUUAACAGCAGCUGGAAGUAAAUCCCAGUUAUUUUUUGAACGAAGUCCAACCAGAAUUGGAGGAACUUACAAAAAACUGGUUUACCGUGAAUAUACAGAUGCUUCCUUCCAAACACAGAAGGCAAGAGAAGAACACCUUGGAAUCCUUGGCCCUGUUAUUAAGGCAGAGGUGGGACAGACCAUCAAAAUCACUUUCUAUAACAACGCUUCCCUACCACUCAGCAUUCAGCCUCAUGGACUCCUUUACAACAAGAGCAAAGAGGGCUCAUUCUACAAAACACCUGGAGAAAGUACCCCUCCACCCUCUUCACAUGUAAAUCCUGGCACAACAUUUGUCUAUACAUGGGAAGUUCCAAAAGAUGUGGGUCCCACCUCCACAGAUCCCACCUGCUUGACCUGGUUCUAUUACUCUUCAGUAAAUGAGAAAAGAAACAUCAACAGUGGCCUUCUGGGGCCUCUCCUUGUAUGUAGAAAUGGAAGUCUUGGAGAGGAUGGCAAACAGAAAGGAGUAGACAAAGAGUUUUACCUACUUGCCACAAUAUUUGAUGAAAAUGAAAGUGAUCUCUUGGAGGAAAAUAUCAGAACGUUUAUCACAGAGCCUGAAAACAUAGAUAAAGAGGAUCCAGACUUCCAAGCCUCAAAUAAGAUGUACUCCAUAAAUGGAUACAUGUAUGGAAAUCUGCCUGGAUUGGAUAUGUGCUUAGGAGACAACGUUUUGUGGCACGUUUUUAGUGUAGGAUCAGUGGAAGAUUUACACGGGAUAUAUUUUUCAGGAAAUACCUUCACUUCUUUAGGAGCAAGAAAGGACACAAUACCUGUGUUUCCUCAUACUUCUCAGACACUUUUGAUGACACCUGAUUCUAUAGGAACUUUUGAUUUGGUUUGCAUAACAAUAGAACACAAUCUAGGAGGCAUGAAACAUAAAUAUCAUGUGAGGCAAUGUGGGAAGCCAAACCCUGAUCAAACACAAUACCAGGAGGAGAAAAUUAUUUACAUUGCAGCCGAGGAAAUGGAAUGGGAUUAUUCUCCUGGCAGAAAGUGGGAGAAUGAACUCCACCACUUACAAAGAGAGAACCAAACGAGCAUGUUUGUGGAUAAAAGUGGAACACUUCUUGGGUCCAAAUACAAGAAAGUCUUAUAUCGUCAAUAUGAUGAUGACACGUUCACAAAUCAAACAAAAAGGAAUGAAGAUGAAAAACAUCUUGAUAUACUAGGUCCAUUAAUAUUGCUCAACCCUGGUCAAAGAAUUCAAAUUAUCUUUAAAAAUAAAGCCUCAAGACCGUAUUCUAUCCAUGCUCAUGGAGUGAAAACAAAUAAUUCCACUGUUGUUCCAACUCAGCCAGGAGAGAUUCAGAUAUAUAAUUGGCAGAUACCUGAUAGAACUGGUCCUACCUCUCUGGACUUUGAAUGCAUACCUUGGUUUUACUAUUCAACUGUAUCUGUGGCUAAGGACCUUUACAGUGGACUGGUAGGCCCUCUGAUUGUAUGCCGCAAAGACAUCAGCCCCAACAUAGUUCACCGUGUUCUCCACUUCAUGGUUUUCAAUGAGAAUGAAUCCUGGUACUUUGAAGACAAUAUCAACACCUAUGCUUCAGAGCCAAACAAAGUGGACAAGGAAGAUGAUAAUUUUCAACUCAGCAACCACAUGCAUGCAAUUAAUGGAAGACUGUUUGGAAAUAACCAAGGUCUAACAUUUCACGUUGGGGAUGUAGUGAAUUGGUAUCUGAUUGGCAUGGGAGAUGAAGCUGACGUGCACACCGUUCACUUUCAUGGCCAUAGCUAUGAAUACAAGGAUUGGGGAGUGUAUCGAUCUGAUGUUUAUGACCUUCCUCCUGGGGUCUAUCGAACUGUAAAAAUGUAUCCAAGAGAUGCUGGAACCUGGUUAUUUCAUUGCCAUGUUUUUGAGCACAUUGGUGCUGGAAUGGAAAGCACUUACACUGUACUUGAAAGAAAAGGGCUGAUGGAGCGGAGCCUCUGAAACAGAGAAAGGAGUGUCUGCAUGAACAGUUUCUCAGAAUCUUCUCUCAAUAUCAGGACUACGUUUGUCAACAAAACCAAAAACUGAUUAGCCACCAAUAUAAUUUUUACCUACAACAUCCUAUUAAUGUCAAUAAUAUCAUUAUUGAUACAAUGCUAAUAAUCAUUAUCCUUAUUCCUAUCAGUGUUCAUGCACAUUCUUAGUAAAAGAGACUUUGGUGUGCUGUCCAUGAAAUAAAUCCCCCACUGCUAACACUCUUUCUUUGGGAAAGUAGAUUUUGCAUUUCAAAGAAUAUAAAGUCAAAUUUGA